AUAACCCGCCCCGCGCCGCCGAGGGCAGCUCACAGCUGCUCUUGGUCUGUGAAGGACUAGACAGUCCAGAGUUGCAAGUGGCAUAUUGCAAAUUAUGAGAAAAUAAUGCACCUCAGAAGAGCUCUUGUGAUGCUUCACUUUGGAAUGGCUAAACAAAAGACAGUGUCUAAUCAGUGAAAGCUGCUUGGCCCAUGGUGUGUAUUAUUAAUCUGUGCACGUCCCAGUGCUGAAGAAGUGCUGAAGAUGUGCAGAAUUUUGAAGGAAAGGUGCACACUGAGAAAUCAGGACUGAGACUGGAGUGCCCUGCAGAUGGACUACAGGGAUGCUUGAACUCCACGGAGGCAGACUUCCCGGUGAGGACAGCGCAUGCCAGAGGUGCUGGGGUUGCUGUUGGUGAGAUGAGCUUUCGUGCCUGUUGAGGCAGCCGCGGCGGGCGGCGAGCUCGCUCCUUCCCGUGCUCGCCUGCGUGAUUGACGUUGGCUUCCAAAUCGCUGCAACUGCGCCUGAAGAAAAGCAAAGGAGCAUAAUUUUGCUGAGAGAAUUUUCCUGGCAGGGGAAGGCAUGCAGUGCAGAGAAAUGUGCCAGCCAAGAGCCUGGAAGUGCAAGUCCAGGUGCUAAUGCAAGUUCCACCCAAGCCAUGCCGUGGUGAAGUCCUUUCUCUCCAGCCGCGCCUCGCUCAGCGCACCAGGGUCGGCUGCAAGGGGCUGCCCAUGGCACUGUGGUGGGCUGGGCUGGACUAGUUCCUGCUCUGUCAUUGCUUCAGCUGUCUGAGGAACUGAAGAAGAUUGUAGGGAAGAUGUUGGACUUGAGCUUCCUGACAGAGGAGGAGUAUGAAAAGCUCAUGAAGGUUCUGCAGAGAGAUGCAGAGCUGAAGAAGAAGGACGGGGAUCGCAUCAGGAGGAUACAAGGCUCCAUCAAGGAUGAAAAGAAGAAGAAGUUUGUGACAGGUGAAUGGUUUUCAGAAGUGAAGGCAAAGCGGUUUCAGGAAGACUUAGAGGGGCCGGAUCUACUUCGGGCAUCAAUUAGGAGGAAAAAGGGCAAACUAGAAAAUGAGGCCAAUGAACACAUUGAAAUGGGUCUGGAAAGCAAAGGUGCCCUGAGUCCUGCCUUCCCUGAGCAUGUUGCUGGUGCAGGAGUGGAAAGAUCCAGCACACCUGCUCUCGAAACUGCAGAGCAUCAGAUUUUGCCAAAACCGAAGCCAAGACUUCCUGCCCACUUGUCUGCAUCCCACAAGAGACCCAGUAUACAUGAUGUCUCUUCCUCAGAGAGUGACACUGGAACAAGUCCUUUUGUGACUGCAACAGACGGCUUUCAUUUGUCUAGAAAAGGUCAUGGAGUAUCUCCACUGCCCACCAAGCUUUCAGAGGAUGCUGUGCCUCAGCCCAGCAGUGCAGCUGGAGGAGAAGCUGUUGAUGGGGCCACCAGCACCACAGUGAGGCCAAAAGCUCCACCUGGAGAAGCUUCUGCUCCCAGCAAGAUACCAGUGAAGAGGAAACCAAGCAGAAUCUCCCCCAGAUCUGAAGAGUUUGUGAAUCCCAUGGGGCCAGCAGAGAACAGCCUUGCAAAGAAAGAGCUGCUGGCAAGCCCCAAACCACUGACUACGGAAGGGGAAAGCAGCCAGGCUGGGAAGCAAGGCGUGAACUACACGAUCUCAUCAAUGAGUAACAAAGAGGAGGAUAUCGGCCUCGAUCGAGAACACUUCAAGAACCUGAAGGACUUUUGGGAGAAGGCAGCAGAUUCCAUGGCAGUGGGAAGCCCACCGACAGACCCGAGCGGGGUGGAGGCAGAUGGCAGGCAGUUCAAGCUGUGCCGCUCGCUCUCUGUGCAGUCUGGGCAAGGCCAGAGCAGUGAAGAAAAACCUGGCACCUUCACCAAAACAAGAGCCCCCUACAAAAGGACAAUAACUUUGUCUUCUAGCGAGGAGGAACCGAGCUAUGUCGCUCCUGCAAGGAAGGGCUCGGUGUCCGUCACUCCCAGAUCCACGUACGCCAAGAGCAAAGGCGGCCUGCUGGCAAGAAAUAACUCGCUGAGCGAAAGCAAUGGGAAGCUGCUGAUGCCAGAGGAAGAGAAGGUGGCACAGCGCUGCUCCAAGAAAUCCAGAUUGCCUGUGCGAGCACCUUCCGUCAAAAACGAGUCGCCUACCAAGGAAGUGUCUGGCAGCACGUUGGAGCCGGAGACGCCUACGGAUGAGCUGAUCGUGGCAGAAGAGCGCAAGCCCACAGAGAGGUCCCUGGCGAGCAGGGUGCAGAUAAUGAUCGAGCCUGUGCUUACAGAUGGUGAAAACGGUGAUGAGAAAGAUGAAAGACCUGAUUUGAGCACUCAUGACAACAUGGAAAUAAGUGGAGAGCUACCGGAGGGGAAAACGCGCGAGUCUUCAGACAAGCCAACACCUGGUGAACCUUCUGGAGAGAGAGAAGCCGUUCAGGGAACAAACUCAGCUGUUUACUCAGAGGAAGAUGGGGAUCAUUCUCCUGCUGCUCAGGCGUUGGCCCGAGCAAAUAGCAUUAAUCUUGCAAAGAGCAUGGUGAACAUUUACACAACCACAGAGACAUACAAUAAACCUCAUUUGAUACCCCAUCAGUUGCUUGAACCUGAAAGAGUCAAAGAGCUGAGCAGAUCCUCUCCUGUCCUGUUGUCUGAGACUGAGUCAGACACGGCUUCGGAAAUCAGCUUCCAGUUCAACAAGCACAAAAAGACGCCAAGCGUUGGCAGCCACUCGUCCGACAUGGCUUCUGUCUCCUCGGUGAGUGGCAGUGUGCUCAGUGUCUACAGCGGCGAUUUUGGGAGUGUGGAUGCCCAAGGUACUGUGGAAUUUGCUCUAGACUAUGACGAGAAGAACCGGGAGUUCCAGGUCCAUGUGUCCCAGUGCAAGGACUUGGCUGUAGUGGAUGAGAAGAAAGGCAGAUCUGACCCGUAUGUUAAAACUUACCUGCUCCCAGACAAAGCCAGGAUGGGUAAGAGGAAAACUUCAGUGAAGAAGAGGACGGUGAAUCCUAUUUACAAUGAGGUGUUACGGUAUAAAAUAGAGAAAAUGGUAUUGCUGAUCCAAAAAUUAAAUCUGUCUGUUUGGCACAAUGAUCCACUGGGACGUAACAGUUUCCUGGGAGAGAUCGAAAUAGACUUGGCCAGCUGGGACUGGAGCAACAGGAAACUCAACUGGUACCCACUGAAGCCCCGGAGCCUGUCUGCUGUUAACGGUGUGGAUCAUCGAGGAGUGAUGAGUUUGUCUAUUAAGUAUGUCCCCCCUGGAAGCCUAGGUCCAAAGAAUCCUCCCUCUGGCGAAGUUCACAUUUGGGUCAAAGAUGUCAAGGACCUGCUGCAGUUGCGUCCUUCUGGAGUUGACUCCUUUGUGAAAUGCUACGUGCUUCCAGACACCAGUAAGAAGAGUUACCAAAAGACCCGAGUCAUAAAAAGAGACACAAACCCUGUUUUCAAUCACACUAUUGUGUAUGAUGGCUUUCAUACAGAGGAUCUAAAGGAUGCUUGUGUUGAACUGACUGUGUGGGAUCACGAAAAGCUUACCAACCAUUUCCUUGGAGGAAUCAGGCUGGGCCUUGGGACAGGUUUGAGCUAUGGCAUCUCUGUGGACUGGAUGGACUCCACACAAGAGGAGGUGGCCUUCUGGCAGGAGAUGAUGUUGGCAGCCAAUGAAUGGAUCGAGGGAUUGCUGCCACUGCGCUCUCUGGCAGGGAGGAAAAAACUGAAAUAACCUAUAGUUUGUGCCAUAGAAAUGCUGGAUGUGUUCACUAGAAUUAGGAAAUUUCCUGCACCUUGGAGAUAGAGACCAUCCAUGGGGCUGCAAGUGCCAGGUUAAUAAGGCAAUUGAUGGACAACACCUUGGAGAUGUUAGUGUUAAGUACUAAUUCGCUGACAGAGGACAUGGAAGAUGCCAGACUGAUGCUAUACUUGAUUUUGACCAAGAAGAAACUUAAUUUGCCCUUUUAUUUCAUCAUUUGUAUUCAGUAUAUUUGAAUUCCAUUAAGCUCCGGGAACACUGGCAGAAGGAAAAGGAGAUAUGGAUGCUUUUGGGUUUUUUUCCUGUUUCUUGUGCCAUUUUUUUUCCCGUGCAGAGAUGUAGUUGUACUAAAGCAGCAGCGUGGUAUUAUUCAUACUCCCUGCAAGUGGUACACUUUGUACUUGAUGUACAAUUGCUCUGAGCCACCAGCAGCACAGUUUGAGAAGGGGAGCUUUGCAUUUGUCGUUGGUGAUAACACGUCUCUAACGUGAGGAAAAUUGAGUUCCAAGGUGGAUCUAAAGAAAGAGAGGACUAUUUGAAGAAGCAAAUGAAGCAACCUGAGUAGGAUGACAAUGAGGAAUUCAAUAUAAUAAUUUCUUUAUGCUUUAAUCUGAAAGAGUGCAGUGAUGGUCCUACAGCUAGUGGGAUUUUGCAGGCAGGGGCUGUUUUCCUAGCUUUCCCACAGGCUUCCUCAGUGACCUCAGGCAAGUUUCUCUAUUGAAGGGACAGUUUGAGUGCAAUAUAAACUAAAGUGUUUGCCCAAAUGUAAAUACAGUUACAAUGGUAAUGGGCCUAAUUGCAGCUUUGCAAUGCCUUGUGUGCAAAACAUUUCAAUAUGAACUAAUGACAUAGGAAACAGUCUCAUGUCAGCCUGGCACCAUGAGUCAGGAAUGAAAGGUCAAAACCACGCUGGAAGGCAGGAGAUGUUGGGGGCUGUUGGGAGCUGGUGAGAGAGGUAAGUAGGGGUGAGUGAAUGUGAGGGGGAACUGCAGAGCUACAUUUGCCUGGGAGGUCUCCUUCCUCUACAUCCCCUGUUGCCCUUCUAGUCUUCCUUUUACCUGAUGCCUGUCAGUGACUUGUCCGUGGCUGGAAUUUCCUUUUUGCCAGUAGCUUGCAAAAAAACCCCUUUGCAUCUGGCACAUUGACCGUGGCAGAGUGGUGUUGUGAAUAUAUUUUGAAUUGCAGCUUUGUAAUUUCUAUUUUGGAUGUACAUAUUGUGAUUAAAUAGAAUGUUUUUCUUUAGUCAUCAACUGGUCUCCUUGUCCCUAUUGGUCUGAGU